AUGAAGAAUUGUAUCAACAGUCUUGAACUUUCUGAUCUUAACUCCAAUUCUCAAAGUGCCUUGCUGGAUCACUACUCUAAGCUCGCUGCUUUGCAGCAUCAGUGUAACAUCAAGUGGGCUCAGAGAGCUAGAUUCCUUUGGAUUAAAGAUGGCGUUCAUCAAUUUUUUCAUAACUUGUGGAAUGUUCCUUCGAAUGUCACAUUAAAUAUUGCAGAAGCUUUACCUCCCGACUUACCUCGUAUCUCCGAUUCAGACAAUAUCAAUCUCAUCCAGGAUUUCACUAAGGAAGAAGUUUACUGCGCUCUUUCUGAACUUCCUUUAGUGGUUGUGGUUUCCAUAGACGGCAUGGGUGAUCUGGGUAAGACAACCCUUGCUCAGUUGGUCUACAGAGAUGAAGAAGUCCAGAAGCAUUUCCAACUGCAUAUAUGGGUAUGCGUUCUUGAUGAUUUUGAUAUGCCGAAGCUUGCUGGAAAUAUCAUACAUACAGUUUCUGGGAAAAAGUAUGAUGAUACAGACAUGGAAGUCCUUCAACAGAGGUUGAGAAAAGAAUUGGGGGAGAAGAAAUAUUUGUUGGUAUUAGAUGAUGUAUUGAAUGAAGAUUUCCGAAAGUGGGAUGCUCUUAGAAACAUGUUGCUUGAUGGAGGAGAAGGAAGCAGAAUCCUUGUGACCACACAUAAUGAAAAAUGCUCUCGAGUGAUGGGUGCACCGAAGCCACCAAAGCUGGUGGAGAUUGGUGAAAAGAUUGUUGAGAAAUGUCAAGGAUUACCGCUUGCUAUAGAAGUAAUGGGAAGUAUCAUGCAUGACAAGAGCGAAGAAGAGGAUCAUGACAUUGAGGAAGUGGAGUUGAUUCAGUUAUGGAUGGCUCAUGGGUUUGUUGCAUCUCAAAAAGGAAACGAUAUGGAAGUUGAAGGGCAAGAGAUUUUCAGUAAGGCUGAUUGCUCCACCAUCCGUACCGUGCUAUAUUGUCGCUAUGACUCAAGUGUGUUGUCAAGGCUGAAGUUCGUCAGAGUGCUCGACUUGAGUCAUACACGCAUUAAAGAGUUUCUUGGAUCAAUAGAGCAUUUGCAUCAUCUAAGAUACCUUGAUCUUUCUUGGACUAAUAUAAGGAAACUACCGGAAUCCAUUUAUUUCAAGGCAUUACCUGUUGGUUUGAGUCAAUUACCGAACUUGAAAACAUUAACACGAUAUACCGUGGGAGAUGAUGCAGAGAACAACAUAGGACAAUUGAAUCCCUUUGGUAAACUUGCUUUGGAUAACCUCGAGAGGGUGCAGAAUGCUGAUGAUUCUAGAAAAGCUGAUAUAGGUGACUUUGGUCCCCCGUUUCCGAAGAGUCUUGAAGUUUCUGGCAGUGAUGCCCUGAGAGAAUUGCCCACGUGUCCCACAUCACUCCAGUACUUGAGAAAUGACAAGUGUCGAGGCAUGGAGUCUUUGGGGCCAGAAAUACGACACAUUACUUCACUAUCUAGAUUAAACUUGUCUAGUUAUCCUAAGCUAGUUUCUCUUCCUAAUGGGAUGCAAGCCCUCACUUCCUUUAAGUAUCUACAUAUUAUAGAUUGUUCGACGCUGAAGUCAUUCCCAGAAGGCCUGCAACAACUUCUUCCUACCCUGAAAGAACUAAUAAUCAAUGGUUGUGCGGAGCUAGAGAGAUCUAUUGCAGAAUGCUCUCAAUUCAAGUAUGUGAAAGAGGUUAUGGGUAAAAGGCUCAUACAAGCAUUGGGUGACAAUGCCGAGCAUGAACUAGGUGUCCUAUGGUAUCAAAGCUUCCACUCGAUCCACUUGUGUGUGCGUUGUUCUAUCUCUUGGUUAUGUUCUAAAGCUGUAAACAUGGCUGCAAAUGGUAUGCCUCCUUUACUGAUGUUCGAUGGUGAAGAUUAUGGAGUAUGGAGUAUCAUGAUGAGAACACUGUUUCAUUCUCAAGAUUUAUGGGAUUUGAUCGAUAAGGGAAUCCCAGAAGAUGAAGAAUAG